UUGCUGCGCAAUUUUCUCACUGAAGUUCAGGAAAUGCAAGUUCUAGUCUUGCUAGUGGCUCUGCUGAGUGUGUGUUCUUGGACCACACUAAGUGUGGACGGUGUGACCAUCUCCCUGAAUGGCGAGCCUAUUCAAAACAAUAACAUAUCAAGGAGAAGUGUGUACGACUUUGAGUUUGUGAAUUUAAAUGAUGAUUUCGACAGAGCUAUGAGGUGUCAGUCUGAACUGUCUGUCUCUGAAAUCCCUGCAGCUACUUAUGCAUGUCAUGUUGGUGAUGGAGAUGGUCCAGUACCUUGUGUUUGGCCAGAACCAGAGUACAUAAGGUUUGGUAGUGAUAGGCAUUAUAUAACUCGAGGAUGGAGUGGAAGGAGAGUAGACGAAGGUAAUCGUCGAGUACACUACUUGUGGAGAAGGUGGGAAACUCCAGAGGAAGGAUAUAUCAACUGUUAUAUGAUUAAUGACAUUAACCCUGUAUUAGGACUGUACGUCCUCUACCCCAGUGAGUGGCCAUCUAUCAAUGGUGUAAGUGAGAGAUGUUCAGUAUUGUUCCCCUCCUCCAGUCACUGGGGUAACGGCAGCUAUUGAGGUGGAGGCAGGAACAUCAACAUUCAGAGUGAGGUGUACUUCCACUGGUGGUAGAGCUCUCAACAUGGCCGUCUCUGGACCUAAUGGAUACAAAUCUGACAUCAGUACCAACAUACAGCCAGUGGGUACUCCAUGGUUUCUGAGUAAUGACAUCUACACUGCCAGGACUGAAGUCAUAUCCAGUGGCAGAGAUGGAGAUGUAUUCCAAUGUAAUGCCACUGGCCUCACAUCAACAACUGCUAAUGUAGCUGUGAGAGCUGGUGCUCGACCCAUAACCUCACUGGAGCAAACAGCUCUCACUACUGUUAGAGUGACCUGGUCUCCAACACCAGAACUCCCAGUGUCGUACAGAGUACACUAUCUCCUAGCUGGGGGAACUGGUGGAAAUGGGACUAAGACUGUUGCAGCAGACACAACUAGUACUGAAAUAACUGGUCUCACUAACAGAGAAACCUACAUCAUCUCAGUAGAAGUUGUUUCCAGCUUACCUGAUGUCAUUCCUGCAGUCGCUGAAGAGAUUAUUACCCUUGCUCCAGAUACUCCCGAAAGGGUAGUAGUUACUGCAGAAUCAGCCAGUGUCAGAGUGUCCUGGGAUGCAGUAGAAGAUGCUGACAGAUACACUGUCACAUUUUCUCAAGUUCGGGGAUAUUACCAGCAGGGGCUGUGCAACCCUACCAACUCUCAUACUGCCACUCUGACAGUCAGUGCUCCCUCCACUACUGUCAGUAUUGCUGUAGGAGGAGAUGUGGGGUCAACAGUGACUGAUAUGUUGAGAGCCUACACCACAUAUGAGGUGACUGUGAAUGCAGUCAGUGAUGUUAGAGGUACCAGUCGACCCAGGGAGACCAGGAGAGUUCUAACACCACAGACAAGUGCAGGAGAGGCUCCGGGGGAUGUGAGAGCAGAGGCUGAGAGCCCCACUGAGAUCUCUGUCCAGUGGAGUGGCCUCUCCAACUGUAGACUGGUCAAUGGUCCAAUCACUCAGUACAGAGUUCAGUUCACUGCCAACGGCAGAGCUGAGACCGUAGACCAAGUGCUAGGAGAUGGUGAAGACUGGAUGAGUGGAGGACGAGUUACACUGACUGGACUGACUUCCCUAACCAACUACUCCAUAUCAGUAGCAGCUGUGAAUGAGAAUGGAGAUGUUGGACUGUAUUCUGACCCUUUAACCGUACUAACUCUGCAAGCAAUAGUGGGGCUGGCAGAGACAUCCUACACUAUAGGAGAGUCAGAUGAAGUGGUUGAGGUGUGCAUCAAUGCAGUUGGUACCACUUCUUCGUGUCCCAGCACCGAGUCUUUCCAUGUCACCCUUUCCACUAGCGAUCAAACUGCAGAGAGUCCAGCAGACUAUGUGGCAGUGGACCAAGUGCUGACGUUUGCUGCCUGUGAGAGCCAGCGUUGUGUGAAUGUGAGUCUGGCCAAUGACCUGGUCAGUGAACCGGAGGAGACCUUCUCUCUCAGUCUCACACGGUCCACCAGAUCUCACAUCUCCAUCACCUCCGCCACUGGAGUGGUGGUUAUUACUGAUGAUGAUGAGAGGCCAGCUGAGGUCAGUUUCCUCCCAGUGAAUGCCACAGGAGUGAGGAUCUCCUGGAGUGGCAGUGUCCACCUCCCCACCUCCAUCCACUACACCGUCUCCUCUCCACCAAUGGCGUCAUCAUUAGCCAAU